AUGGCAAAUACAAUAGACAAUGAAAUAAUAUUGAAACGCUUUCGUCGAAUUAUACGUGGUCAUCUAGCUAAACCAGAACAAUUUCCAUAUCAAGUAUCGAUCAAUAAUAAUGGGGAUCAUUUUUGUGGCGGAGCUUUAAUUCAUGAAAAAUGGAUAUUAAGUGCAGCACAUUGUCUUAAAUAUUUUACGUCAACUCAAAAUUUUUAUGCAGUUAUGGGUGCUAUUUAUUUGGAUCGAGCUGACCCAAAAUAUGUGCAAGUUUCACGUAUUAUAGCAUAUUUUCCAUUUCCAAGAUAUGAUCCUUGGGGUAAUCCAAAUAAUGGUAAUAUAACUCGAAAUGAUCAUGAUUUAAUUUUAUUAAAAUUACAAAAUCGUAUUCAACAUACAAGUCGUGUUCAACCUAUUCGUUUACCUAAUCCUAUUCAUGAUAAACUAUCUUCAGAAAAUAUGCAACAAUGCAUUGUAUCAGGUUUUGGCACUGUUAAAGAUACACGUCAAAGUCAUAUACUUAAAUAUUUAACAGUACCUAUUGUUGAACGCGAACAAUGUGCACGAGGACAUCGACCAAAACGUAUUAAAGAUUUUCAUAUAUGUGCUGGUUAUUGGCAUGGUGGUAGCGAUGCAUGCAAUGGCGAUUCAGGUGGUCCAUUGACUUGUUAUUCUAAUGAAGGUCCAAUAUUAAUAGGCAUUGUAUCAUGGGGAGUAGAAUGUGCUCGGCAUGGUACUUAUGGAGUUUAUACACGUGUAUCUCGUUAUAUAAGAUGGAUUAAUCAAACAAUUGAACGAUAUAGUUAG